AUGGAGGCAGAUCCUAUAAUACCGGCAAUGUUGCCAUCAAGGCAACUGCAACACAAUCGUCACUAUCGAUCAGAGGAAGAAGAGGAGUUUCCUGGCGAUGAAGGGACUUCAACCUUGUACAAACUUAACGGUGGUGAUGGAAACAAGGCAACGAUCAAUAAUUCUCAACCUCAGAGAGCCCUCAAAACUUCCUCUGGACACGCUUCAGCAGCAAACGAUCCAGUACGAAGAUUAUCUAACACUUCGCAAGGCUCAAGGAGACAAGAUAGCCUGAAUCCUGCUUCUGAAGGAGACGAUACUCCCAUCGGUCUUCGGUUACUAGCUGGGACUGGGACUGGCGAUGAUUCACCUAAGCCUCGUCACUAUGCGGGAUCGAGUCAUGAGGAUAUGAAUUACAUUGACAUCAAAUCCUUUCAAAAGAAUCGCACGAAUAGUAUCACUCGAAGCCAAAAGAGUGCCAAGAAAACUACAGCUGUCGACUUGUCCGCCUACAACAUGCCCGAGAAUACCAUGCGAGUCAACCGUUCUAGCAAUAACAACAACAACAACAACAACAACAAUAUAGAAGAGGAACGGCGUCAACUAGCAAUGGAACAAGAAGCCUUUGAAAAUUCUAAAGCAAAACACAAUGCUCAGAUGGAAAAGUCCAUGUUGGAUGUGGACGAGACGAUUGAUACAACGCAAAGCUCGGACCAAAAAUUCUUGAGCUUGGAAGAUGUCAAGGGGAUCUUUCAGGAUGUCAAGGAAUCUAGAAUUCUGAAUUGUGUGGGGGAUGAAGCCUUGCAUGGGAUUGAUGAUGGUGGAGGAGCAGGACAUAAUAAGAACCGCAAGAACCAAAAUGGCGUAUAUGAGGAGAAUGCACUGUUGGGAAGAAUUACUUCAGGACUUCGAGAUAGUCUGCAAAUGUUAUCACCAGCAGCAGCGGCAUCCACAAAAAAAAGUGGUGAAAUCCCAAUGGAAAUUGCCAUUCCCAUGCAACACGAAGAUGAAUCAGGGGGAAAUCAAUCGGCCAUUGACACUCAAGUCUCAGAACUGGAAAAGCUAGAGGAGGAGAAUGCCGGAAGAAGAGGUCACCCGCCGUCAUUCUAUUCGCAGCACGAUUAUCAUCACGACCAAGACGAGCCUGCACCAGCAGCAAAGGGUCCAAUGAUGCCUCCUGUUGCUGCAACUCCAGAGCGAGCACCUGAAUCAAAACAAAAGGACCCAUUGCAGCAAAUGUCACCCUUGGAACGAAAGGUCUCCAAAGUCAUAUUGAAGCAAAUGCAAGCCGAAGACGCCCGACUGGAAAAGGAACGAGCUGCCAUUGAUGCUUUACGGAAAGGAACCAAGGCACCUGAAAAUGUCGUUCAGGGCAUUUCGUUUCUUCGAAAGAAGGAGCAAACGAGAAUACAGCUGGAGGCUGCGGAAGCAGAAGCCAAGGCAAAGAAAGAAAAGGACGAGAAACAUGCCCAGGAAGUGAGAAAGAUCAAUCACAUGUUUGACGAUGAAUAUGGAGACGAUGAAGAAUUUGUAGAGGAGAAUGACAGCCAAAGGGCAUUUGGCAACUUGAGGAAGGUGUUGACUCACAUGUAUAACCCGAAUGGCGGGAAUGACAAUGAAAUAACCUUGGAAGAGUACGAGAAGCAAGUUCGGGCAAACGCACCCCCAUCUCCUCCACCAAUGGAUCAACAAGAACAGUCGAAAGAAGACCUUGAUGUGGUCCACGAACGGUCCAAGGGGAAGAAGAAGAAGAGCAGCAGUAUAUUCAAAUCAUUGUGGAAGGACAGCAAAUCGAAAUCCAAGAAACAACAGAAAGGAGACGGAAAGAAAUCAAGCGGAAGCAAAAAGAAAAGUGGCUUUUUCUCCAAACGGUUCAAGAAAUCAAGCACCAAAAAGGGAGAAGAAGAAAUGAUUUCUUGUUGA